AGGCCGGAAGUGGGGCUCGGGCGCUUUGCCCCGGUUGCCAUGGCGGUGUUGGGCCGGCCCCAUUGGAAGCGUCUCGGGGCUUGCUGGGGUUGGUGGGGCGGUCGGGUCACGGCCCCUCAAGCGCGGCCGCCGCCGCGGUGGAGGCUCAAGAGCACGAAUCCGUUUGCCCAAGAGCAGGAGCAGGAAUGGCGGCGGCGGAAUCGCACAGUGCUCACGUACAUGGCUGCGGCCGCCGUGGGCAUGAUCGGGGCCUCCUACGCCGCCGUGCCCCUCUACCGUCUUUAUUGCCAGACUACAGGACUCGGUGGGUCACCUAUAGCUAGUCAUGCUUCAGACCAGAUUGAGACUAUGAUACCUGUUAAAGAUCGAAUUGUUAAAGUCACCUUUAAUGCAGAUGUGCAUGCAAGUCUCCAAUGGAAUUUUAGGCCUCAACAAACAGAAAUAUAUGUGGCACCAGGAGAGACUGCAUUGGCAUUUUAUAAAGCUAAGAAUCCUACUGACAAACCAGUAAUUGGAAUAUCUACAUAUAAUGUCGUACCAUUUGAAGCUGGACAGUAUUUUAAUAAAAUACAGUGCUUUUGUUUUGAAGAACAAAGGCUUAAUCCUCAAGAAGAAGUAGAUAUGCCUGUAUUUUUCUUCAUUGAUCCUGAAUUUGCUGAAGAUCCAAAAAUGGCUAAAGUUGAUGUAAUCACGCUUUCUUAUACGUUUUUCGAAGCAAAAGAAGGACAUACAUUGCCAGUCCCAGGUUUUAAUUGAAAUGAAAAGUAUCUUUCCUUUGCCCAUUCCUAAUUCUUUUGUCUUAGUUUUAUAAUUUUUUGAGCAAUCAUGUUCUCAGCUCUUUUUGAAAGAAUAUUAAUAAGGAAAAAAUCAGAAUCACUACAUACCUGCAGUAUUUUCCUCAUAAAUUACUUUAAUAUUUUAGUUUGUAUGAGACCAUAAGAAUGGUGAUACUACUGAAUAAAACUCUAGGAGCAAAUUUCAACUUAAAGUCAUAUUUGUAAAAUAGCAUUCAAGUUCUCUUUGGGGGGAUGAUAUAUCAGAAAAAGAAAAAUCCACUCAGUUUCAUAACUAUGCAAUAAAUAUGGAGCUGAUGAUCUGCUAAGAUCACAAGUAAAGUACCAAAGCUGCUUUUAAGUAUAUUAACAGAUCAUCUCAUUCAUCUCUUCUGUUAAAAAUGAAGAUGUUGAAAUCCUGAAAGAUGAAAUGAUUUGCUUAGCAUAUUACAUAAGUUAGUGUUUAGAACUCAAGUUUUCCACUAGCCAAGUCUUUUCACUCUGCCAUCUUGGUCAUCUUAACAUACACGAUUAUGUUCUGUUUUGUUUUUUAAUCAGCUUCUAAUGUCAGUAACCUUUAAAAUCACAGGUCAAAUUGAAUCAAAAAGAAGCCUCGUCAGUCAGUUCAAAAGUGUUGUUUUGUGAUAUUUUUCCCCAGAGUAGUGCCACAUCUGAGAAAUGAGAAAUAUUUUUCUUUCUUUUCUUUUUUUUUUUUUUUUUUUUUUGAUUCUUAAAUUCAGGCUUCAAGUGCAGUGGCAGCAUAUUGGGUAAACGACAAAACUGUUAAAAAUAGUCACCACACUAUAAGUAACAGAAGCGAAAGGGUUACAGUCAAAUCCAGGGCAAAAAAUAAAUAUAAGAUUUGAAUUUUAAGCUUUUUAAAUUGUUUUUUACCCUAUUAAAAUUCAAUUGCUAUUUUAUAUUUGCACUACUUAAGUAUUUUAAUUGAGGUAAUUGGCGAGCAAACAAUGCCAUUGAAAAUUAGAAAUAAAGUAUAUUAAUAUUUCUACCAGAUUAUCUUUAUAGUGAGGGUUCCAAACACUUGGAUACUAACAUCUCACUGUAUGUAUGGUACUAUGUGCUUUUUCUUGGCAUCAAAAACUCUUUUGUGAAGAGACUAUGUUAAGUAUUAAAUUAUUUUUAAUAUUA